UGAGACUCAUUAAAAAUUUUGUACCAUUUUUUUUUUUUGAUUCUGAAUUUAAAACAAAAAAAAAAAGAAAAAAUUACACGAAACCUAUGUCUGGAAUGACUGCAAGUAAAAUUCAGCAGCUUUUACAAAGGUAUUUUAAUUUGUUUUGUUUCUUGAGGAAGGGGUUAGGGAAUACUUUUUCUUCAAUCAAAGUAGAUAAUUACCUUUUGUAUUUAACAAAACUUUAUUAGUUGAUAAUUCAAAUUAAAUAAAAGUGUUUUUUUAUGUUACUUAAAAAUACUAACAGGAUAAUAAUGAUAAUAAAAUAUGACUAACAACAAUCUAUUUUGUACAAGGUGUAAACUAUUAUUUUUGUCCAAUGAAUAAAAUUGGACCUUAAGUUUACUUUAUUCUAGGUAAAAAUCUUGAAACUAAAAUAGGGUAUAUUUUUGAUAAUGUCCUCUCAGGAAAUAAUAACAUUUCAAGUUGGAACUUACUCAAAUUUUGUGGGUACACAUUACUGGAAUGCACAAAAGAAUCAAUCGACGACAAACCAAGAAAACAAGGAAUACGACGUGUCUAAACUGUUUCGAGAAAGCAUAACAACAACCAGUUGUGUGCCACGAUUGAUAUCUUUUGACUUAAAGUCAAGUUUAAAAACUUUGAGAGAAGAUGGCUCAUUUAAUGAUGAUAAUCAAAAUAUUGAUGCUGAGGAUCACAAUGUGUAUGCGCAACCCUUAUUUGAAAGAAAUGAAUUCAUGACGCAAGUAUUUGGUGAUCAGAGAAAUGAAAAGGUGUAUAACUUAGACAAUAAAGUUUCCACUUGGAGUGAUUUUAUGACAAACAGAUUACAUGAGAACUCGUUACAGUUACUGACACAGAACUUUGAUGAUGGUAAAGAAUUUAUGUAUUUUGGGCUUGGUCAGGAGGAAUACAAGAAAAUGUGGUAUGAUGUCGACGAUAAAAUUCACUUUUGGGCUGAAGAAUGUAACUCGUUAGAAGGAUUUCAGAUUUUUGCCGACAUGCACAAUGGUUUUUCUGGAAUAUCUUCAAGCCUUCUUGAAAAUGUUUAUGAGGAAUACACUAAAAAGUGUUCACUUGCUUACAUCAACUGGCCGAUUCAUUCAAUAUCAAAGCAAGAAAGUGUUUAUGAAGACCUAAAUGCUGCACUAACCAUUCAGUCAUACAGAGAGCACUGUUCCUUAUUUGUUUUACAGAGCUUGCAAAAGGAUCUGUUUUGUCAAGAGCCUACAAAUGUUAUUCUUCCAAAUAUAAAUUACAAGAUGGAGUUGCCGUACCACACAAGUGCAAUACUCGCAGCUACCAUUGAUUCUACAACCUUACCAUGGAGGAAACACAACCGAACCUUAACACUGGCUGAUAUGUGCAAUCUUAUUAGUCAAAAUAAGUGGAAAUUAGCUGGCAGCUCAUUUGGUGUAACAUAUUUUCCUUGCCACGAAACAGCCACAUUAUUUGAAAAGCUUUACGGUGUAAAUCAAUUUUAUGGUCCGUUACUGACAAACUUAAGCCCGUCCGUUAAUAUUUGUAAUAAUUUUCCUACAAGUCAUUCAGUUGUCCUUCAGAAUAUAUCUGAAAAUUUUGUUAUACCCAACAAAAUAGAAUCGAGUAUUUUACAAGCUCUUGAAAUAAAUACCAACAUUUUUAAUGUGAAUCCUAUGAGUGUUUUAAAUUUCUUUAAUCAGAGGUAUUAUCCUUGCGAAAGAACAGUGUCUAAUUCAACCUACAUUAACAAAGAAAUGGAUACAGACACGCCUUUUCCUUUAAUAGUAGAACCACCAGAUGACGCAGCUACCAACCUUCCUGUAACGUCUCUGUCCUCCAUAUAUACAUCAAGUUGUAUUUAUAAUUUGCUGCGUGAUGUCAUAAAACGAGUGCAGAAUAUUAAUUUACAUAAACAUCACAUUAUACAGGAGUUUGGGUUAGAUAAUGACCUAAUGAAAGAACUGAUAGAAGACAUAAUACAUUUUGCACAGGAGUACGACCGUCAACGAGCUUUUGAUGAACUAAGUAUUGCGUAAAUUUAGAAAAUAGGUCUUGAGAGUAUGGUAAUAAAUUUAAGGAUGAA